CUCGUCAUUACAGAGCGAGACUACAUCGGGUUCGCCACUCUAGCAGAGCAGGUGCACCGCAAAUCGGUGAAGCGUGGCUUCGAGUUCACGUUAAUGGUGUGCGGCGAAACUGGCCUAGGUAAGUCUACGCUCGUCAACACGCUGUUCCUGGCCGAUUUGUACGCACAACGUAAUGUGCCCCGGGUAGAGGAACGCAUCGAGAAGACGACCCGUAUCGAGAAGAAGACGCUCGAUAUCGAGGAGAAAGGCGUCAAGCUGCGGUUGACGAUCGUAGACACGCCUGGGUUUGGUGAUUCGGUCAACUGUGAGGACAGCUGGCGUGUUAGCACGCAGUACAUCGAUGAGCAGUUCCGGCAGUACUUCACCGAUGAGAGUGGCGUGAACCGGCGCAACAUCCAGGACAAUCGUGUACACUGUCUGCUGUACUUCGUCCCACCGUAUGGGCACAGCCUGCGCCAGUUAGACAUCGAUCUGAUGCGGAGACUGCACAAGAAGGUGAACAUCAUCAUUGUGAUCGGCAAGGCGGACACACUGACUCCAGCUGAGGCUAAAGCGCUUAAGGCGCGCAUUCUGGACGACAUCGAAACGCACGGCAUCCAGAUCUACCGGUUUCCUGACUGCGAUUCGGACGAAGAUGAAGAGUUCAAGCAGCAGGACCGUGAUCUAAAGGCGAGUCUACCCUUCGCGGUUGUGGGUAGUAACCUGGUGAUGGAGGUGGCAGGAAGGAAAAUUCGAUGUCGCCAAUAUCCGUGGGGUGUGGUGGACGUGGAAAAUCCGGAGCAUAGCGACGUGGUGAAGCUGCGGACGAUGCUCAUUUCGACGCAUAUGCAGGACUUGAAGGAUACUACACGAGAUGUGCACUACGAGAACUACCGGGCACAGUGUAUCUCACAAAUAUCGCAACACGCGCUGCGAGAACGCAAUAAGCUGAAACGAGAAUCAACUGCUUCGAACCACGAUUUCUCCGACACGGACCGACUGCUGCUACAAAAGGACGAAGAGAUUCGUCGCAUGCAAGAUAUGCUGGCACAGAUGCAGGAAAAGCUGAAAUCGUCCCACGUCAGCGAUUCCGUUAUCGACGUUUAGUAUUUGCCGGUAGUCAGUGCCGGGACCCUGCCAGUCUCUUCUAUGGGAAGUCUUUUGUAUCACCUUCGCCUCCAUUUGCUUCCGUAUCGAUCCAGAACCAUCAUGGUAGGCGACCAUGGAAAGAGGAGGCAGGGAACACGAGCAUGUGCGUGCGUAUUUGUCGAACAAUCCGUAGCCUAGGAGCUGUAGAAUGUCCUGCUGCUGUUGACUCAGGCCUUUCACACACAAGAAGCUUCCAACGGACGAGCUAUUCAUGCUGCAGGAAGCAUAACGAAUUGGAAAAUUUUGCACUACAUGAAACACGACUCGUUCGAGAUUCCGCUAGAGGCUUUCCGCGUGGGGAAGCUUUCAUCAUUCGAGAGUAGCUCCUUUUGAGAGAGUGCAAUGUGUUAGAUUAAUUAGCAUUUUAUCUGGCUACUUUCGCAGUGUUUUACUUUUCAACUAUUCGGUUUACCUUCAUAUUUUGCGAUUUGACACGUUAAUCUCUAUUGACAGAUGUAUGCGUAGUAAAUUACUACCAAAGAUGAGAUCCAUUAGUUUUUUACAAUUCCGGAUAGGGUGGCCAUUGUGCCUGUUCAACUACAUCGAGCCAUGAGUUGCGUUCGAAAUGUUGUUGAGGACAUAAGGCUAUUAGGCAAUGGAUUUCUUUUUUUUUAUCAGCAGGAUAAGCAGGCAACGCCGGUGGUUUUGCGUUGAAUGAAUCAGCGUUGUUCGAGGCACUGCAGUAUCACAAAACGAAGUCAUGGAAAACCCUUCACACAGUGAAUCAAUACAUGUUUGAUGUUUUCUAUGUAAAGCUGCGAUUAAGCGCACUCUAGUUCAGUCGUCAGUGAAGGGCGUUUUGCAGUAAAGGGCGCUUGGAAUAUUAUUAUGCUAUGGUUUUAUUAUGCAUGUAUGUAGGUAUGUACACAUCGAUAGGAAUAAUGCAAUUAUUUAUGUGGACAGAUAACAAGCGGGUUUUAGUGAAGAGAGCGAACUCUCCGAGCGGACGAAAAUAGGAAGAUGGAGCCGAAAUGCGACAGUUUAUUUAUAUUCGCCGUAAGCCAGGCCAGCAGCUGGCGUUGGAACAUUGAGACAAUUGAGUUACCACCACGAAGUCAAAGGGCACGAAAGUCGAGCGUUCAAAUCAGUCGGGAGCAAACUUAAACGUAUCCCACGUGAGAUGAAAGCAACACUAGUUCGAAGAACCCUACGUAGGUUUUAAGAGCCUUUCCGAACCUAUACGCCGCAAUUUGCAUCGAAUUGGCGUAUAAUGUUACUAGAUUGUUUCUGACUUUUGUUUUUUUUUUACAAACUUGCUUAUCCCAGUAUACUGUAGUCCCACACUUGUAAGUAGAAGCUAGAAAUCGGCCGGAAUGGGUGGUAGAUGCAACGAUCGCAUUUCAUGUAGCGUUGGUUCGGCACAACGCCCUUUGUUUCACUAUCCCAUAGAAUAUAAGACGGAAUCGAACCAAACUGUUUCCCGAAACGUCGGACUGUUCGUUUCAUCUUAUGUUAAAGGCGUAGUUUGAAGAAUCUCUCUAAUAAAUAAACACAUUCAUAUAACAGCGACCAGCAUCGAGUUAACAUAAAGAGCGUAAUUCUAGCGCGAUUCUUGGUUGAUUAAUCGAAUGGAUUAUU